AUGGAGCACACGCACCUCCACCUCCGCAACAGCUCGCUGCUCUCCUACCCCCGCUACGGCUGCGGCUUGGGCUUCGUGCCGGUGGUCUAUUACAGCCUGCUGCUCGGCCUCGGCCUGCCAGCGAACAUCCUGACUGUCAUCAUCCUUUCCCAGCUGGUGGCUCGGCGACAGAAAUCCUCCUAUAACUAUCUCUUAGCCCUCGCGGCGGCUGACAUCCUGGUCCUAUUCUUCAUCGUGUUCGUGGACUUUUUGCUGGAAGACUUCAUCUUGAACAAGCAGAUGCCUCAAGUCCCGGACAAAGUCAUCGAAGUCCUGGAAUUUUCUUCCAUCCACACGUCCAUCUGGAUUACCGUUCCCCUCACGAUAGACAGGUACAUUGCGGUCUGCCACCCCCUCAAAUAUCACACCGUCUCCUACCCGGCCCGUACUAGGAAAGUCAUCAUCAGCGUCUACGUCACCUGCUUCUUGACCAGUAUCCCCUACUACUGGUGGCCCAACAUUUGGAUCGAAGACUACAUCAGCACCUCCGUGCACCACGUCCUCAUCUGGGUUCACUGCUUCACCGUCUACCUGGUGCCCUGUUCCAUUUUCUUCAUCUUAAACUCCAUCAUCGUGUACAAGCUCAGGCGGAAAAGCAAUUUCCGACUUCGGGGAUACUCCACGGGGAAAACCACCGCCAUCUUGUUUACCAUCACCUCCAUUUUCGCCAUGCUGUGGGCCCCCAGAAUCAUCAUGAUCCUGUAUCACCUUUACGUCUCCCCCAUCCACAACAGCUGGCUGGUGCAUAUUGUAUCAGACAUUGCCAAUAUGCUGGCCCUGCUGAACACGGCGAUUAAUUUCUUCCUCUACUGUUUCAUUAGCAAGCGAUUCCGCACCAUGGCCGCGGGCACCCUCAAGGCUUUCUUCAAGUGCCAGAAGCAGCCUGUUCAGUUCUAUACGAAUCAUAACUUUUCCAUUACCAGUAGCCCUUGGAUCUCCCCUGCCAACUCCCACUGUAUCAAAAUGCUGGUUUAUCAGUAUGAUAAAAAUGGAAAGCCUAUAAAGAUAUCCCCCUGACCUGGGGGGAGCAGUUGCUAGCUGGCCCCCGCCCCUUCACCUUCAGCUCCCCUUCUGGGGUGUGAUCACCUCACCUAGACAAAGCUGAACCUGCUCUUCCUGAGAGAGGGAAUUUGAUUUCGCAUCUCCGUCGGCUGAAAGACGUUCAGGGUGAUAGAUGGGAAGCAUGGUAGGUGGGUAGGAAUGGGAGGAGAAGCCUUGGUCCUUUCCAAGUCGAGGCAAGAACUACCACCCCGACCAUUUCAUACCACCACAUAGGCUAUGCACCCCCCCAGACCUCAAGACUGUGCCGUUCAGUUACUCCCAAGUCGGUGCUCGCUCGAAUCUUAGCGUCACACCUUGUGGGGGAACAGCACUUUUUACAGGUUCCCUCAGCCCCAACAGGGCUUAAUUGAAAACACGUUCUUUACGAAAAGAGCUGAUGUGACCGCCAGAGCCCAGCUCUGAACGUGAAUGUCCUUUUUGUAUUUUUCAAGGAAUCACUUGCGUUGUGUGCACUUGCCAAUACAAAGGUUGCUGACCUGAACUCUCUCCACCCAUCUGCUGCUGGUGUCCGAGGUGACCUUCUGCUGGGUUUGGAGGCCCCAGGCAGUUUCUGAACCCUUAUCCCUCUCUACCCUCAGCAGGUUCUCUUUGGAAAAGGCUCUCCAUAAAACUGCUCCAUCCUCCGUCUGCCUGGGGUAGGCAGGGGAGCAGGGGGAUCAAAAGCCAUUCUGCAAAUUGCCAUUAUGGAUAGAAUUUUAUUUAUUUGCCUCAUCCCAAGGCAGAGAUAAUGUCUCGGGAGGAGAAAAUAAGAAUUCUUGAGCCCAGAACAACAAAAAAAGCACAUUCUUGCCAUUAGUUUUAAUUAGGCUUGUCAUAAGCUUUUGUGUAUGAAGACUUCCAUAGCUUUACAGUGUUCUAUGUUUUAAUCUAGAAAAGCUUAUUGUUGUUAUUGGAGAGUCUGAUGUAAGCUUUUACACACAAGCCUCUUAUGUCUAGAGUUUCAGGCCUGCUCUUAAUGGGAGACACAGAGUGGUGAGCCCGAGUCCCAGGGGUCACGUUGCUUGUAGAGGUAUCCUCCGUUUGCUUUAAUUGAAACGGCUUCAAAAAUUGCCUCAGUGAUUUAGGCAUCGGUCACUGGAGCCCCUCAAGGGUGAGGAGGAAACACCAACUCUCCCUAAGAGUUCUUACACACAGUAGGCAUUUCCAAAUAUGAAAUGAAAGCUGCUUAUAUGUAAGGACAGUACAUCACUUAAGCUUUUCUCCCAAUUUUUAAUUGACUGGUGGUCUGGUAGGGAUUGCUUUACUCCACAUCUGGGCUAAUAACCCAGACCUUGGGAAGAGAUGAGGUUCUGUUUCCUCACUUGGCCAAAACUAGCACAACGAUGUCAGUUAAUAGGAGCUUCUCAAUGGAUAAUAAUUGCAAGCGUGCGUGUGUGAGUGCACAUGCACGCACAUACACGAGACUGGGUUUACCUGGCUCCUGGUGCCAAUUUCAAGAAGGAAACUCUCGUUAGGAACUCCCUUCGAUUUUCCACACUGCUCCCAAGGUUAAGUUUGCCUGGUAUCAAAUGACUUUCAGUCUGUACCUUCCACGGCAAUUCUGGAGAUUCUGACCCUGAUGCUUUAUAGUACCAAGUAAAAAUUGGACCCUUGAUCUAUUGUUUUCCAAAUGUUUCCUAAAUUUCUGAGGCAACUUAGGGAAUGGUCUACUUCUCUACUCUGAAGUGAGGAGAGUAGUAGUAGCAGUAGUGGUAGUAGUAUUUGAGUACCCGCUUGGUGCCAUGCACCGUACAAGGCACUAGGAAAGUUCAGAAUAACGAAGGGACUCAUUCCCUGCUCCCAAGGAGCUUACACUCUAAAAGAGGGAGGAGAGGAGGAAAGAAGGAUAAAAAUUUCCUCUGAGUUCUAAAUUUGUUCACCCACAUGAUGUCCAUCCGUAGGACAGCGUUUGUGAUAAACAUUCAGGGAGAGAAUACCCCACUUCAAUGUGCCGUGAACCCCCAGAUGGCUAAGGAAAAAUCAUCUCUUUGCUGACUUGCUAAUUUUUUAGUGUGUGUGAGUUCUACCUAUUUUCCCUACGUCCCACCAUCCCUUUGAGAGGAUUCCUUCUUUGUGAAUCGAUUUUAACCAAAGGGUCUCUAUGUGAAAUAGGUCUAUUUAUUUUUGAAAAGACUAGUUAGUGACAAGGAAUGUUAUUUGGAGUUCUACGUGACUGAGUCCAAGUGCAAUACCUGUUAGGAUUAAGCGAUUCAUUUUUGAGAAUGUAUUUAACAUGAAACCUGAUAUUUAUAUGAAUUUCAUUAUUCUACUUAUAGCAUUACUCACACAUGAAUAAUUGAAUGCUUUAAUUUAAAAAAAAAACAAAUGCCCCACUGGGGGAAGGAAUGCAGUCUGUAUGCUCUAAUUUAUUACUUUUCUUAUAAUGAUAGAAUAGCUGUGAAAUCCGACUGUUUUCCUUCUGAUUAUAUUUUAUAUUUUGAUAAACAGUAUUUAAAAAGAGGUCUGAUUUUGUGAAGUCAUUCCACUGAAUUAUUGGAGUUUUCUGAGUAUAACUCAUCAAAUGGCCUUGAGUCAUGCCAACUGGGUAUGGACCUCAUGAACCAUUUGGUUUCAGUGAAUUUGAGGGCUUUACUCACUAAUAGUAAUAGUAACGGUAAAAUAAAGAGAAUAAAAUAAUUUAAAAAAACACUCUGAAGCCUUUUCUUUCAGGCCAGUUUUGGGAAACGAAGCCUUGACUUUUGAAGUCUGCCAUGUAGGAGCUGCUGUUUUCUGGUACUAAAGCUAUUGCCUUAUAUUUGGUUUUGUGGCGUAUCUUGGAAGACUGAUGUUAACUAGCCCAGUAUCUCGCUGUUAUAUUUGUACCUCCUAUUGGACCUGCAGUAAAUUUAAGCAAGCACAUGCUGUCUUUUUUAGUGAACACCUGGAAUCGAAACAUCGUGGUGAAGAGGGCAAGGAAGACAGGCAGACAAACAGGAGGACUGAACUCUUUCUGCAGAUUCCUGCAAUUGGAAACAGCAUCUCUGCCCAGUAGGAGUGUGUAUGAUGCGAACAGAACAGUUUAAUGGAAUGUUGGGUAUUCCAGUUCUAAGAAUGAGACUAACCAUAUUUUAAUUGUAAAUGUGAAUAUUUUCUUAAGUAGAGACUAUAUUGUGUUUGACAACAUUGUUUGUAUUUGAAUAAAUUCUGAUCUGGUG